AUGAAAUUAAGUAUGAAACAUAUACCGCCAACAGGUGUAAUUCUGGAAGCACCUUUUAAUAAUGUCAUCGAUGUUAUCACACAAUCAUCAGAAUUAUCAGCAUGGCGUUGGACACCUUGGUUUAAUGUAUUCGUUAAACAAUCCAUACCACGUGCUGGCCUUUAUUUUUAUUCUGAUAGAAAUAUUAAAUU